GAGUCGGACAUCGCUACUCCCUCAGAGAAAUUGACAGCAGCUGGGUCGCCUGUGUGAGCAAACCCGAAGGACAGACACGGCAGAAAAUAAAACUCUGCCGUUGCAGUGGGCUCCCCCUUCCCCUUUCCCCCACCGUUUGAGCGAACAUAUCAGUAAAGCGACCCGGACGAGCUCUCUGACUCCGUUUCCCCGCUUUCACAGCGGAGCGGUCAGGACUUUUGUCAGUAGCUUAGCCGAGCUAGCGGGCUAACACGACUAGCUGGGUUCAGCUACAACAAGGAAUUACAAAUAUUCCACCGAGAAACACUGAAGAAUGUCGGGGAAGGAUCAGAAUAAACAAUCCACCACCGAACGGCUCGUGAAAGCGGUGCCGUACCCUCCCACAACGCGGCUCACCAUGAAAGAGCUGUACGAGGACGGCAAGCCCAAGGUGGAGCUUUUGAAGAGCCACCUGGUGAAAGAGGGCCGCCUGGAGGAGGACGUGGCCCUACGCAUCAUCAACGAUGGAGCCAACAUCCUCCGCCACGAGAAGUGCAUGCUGGAAGUCGAGGCGCCCAUCACAGUGUGCGGAGAUGUCCACGGGCAGUUCUUCGACCUGAUGAAGCUCUUCGAGGUGGGGGGUUCCCCGCACAACACACGCUAUCUAUUUUUGGGAGACUACGUGGAUCGAGGCUAUUUCAGUAUUGAGUGUGUGCUCUAUCUGUGGGCUCUGAAGAUCAACCACCCGACCACCCUCUUCCUCCUCAGAGGCAACCACGAGUGUCGGCAUCUUACGGAGUACUUCACCUUUAAACAAGAAUGCAAGAUUAAGUACACGGAGCGGGUGUAUGAUGCCUGCAUGGAGGCCUUCGACUGCCUUCCUCUGGCCGCUCUGCUCAACCAGCAGUUCCUCUGCGUUCACGGAGGUCUUUCUCCUGAGGUCACCUGCCUCGACGACAUCCGGAAAUUAGACAGGUUUAAAGAGCCGCCAGCUUUCGGCCCGAUGUGCGACUUGCUGUGGUCUGACCCUGGCGAGGACUACGGCAGCGAAAAGACCUCCGAGCACUUUUGUCACAACAGCGUGAGAGGAUGUUCCUAUUUCUACAGUUACCCUGCAGUAUGUGACUUUCUGACGAAUAAUAACUUGUUGUCAGUUAUAAGAGCACAUGAAGCCCAAGAUGCAGGGUAUCGAAUGUACAGAAAAAGUCAGACGACAGGCUUCCCCUCAUUAAUCACAAUCUUCUCUGCACCAAACUACUUAGACGUGUAUAACAAUAAAGCUGCUGUGUUGAAAUACGAGAACAACGUGAUGAACAUCCGGCAGUUCAAUUGCUCUCCUCAUCCAUACUGGCUGCCCAACUUCAUGGAUGUCUUCACAUGGUCAUUGCCCUUCGUUGGGGAGAAAGUAACGGAGAUGCUGGUCAACGUGUUGAACAUCUGUUCAGAUGAUGAGCUCAUGUCAGAGGGAGACGACACCUGCGAAGGUAAAAACAAGCCGGUUAUAUAUGAGCUUCAUUC